GUCUCCUCUCCGGUCGCUCCGUCAGUCGGCAUGACAACGCGCUCCGGAGGCUGCACGGGGAACGGCGAGGGCGCACGGAUUGCAAUGGCAGCCGAAGAUGCGCAGUAACGGACCCAGCGGCUCCGGUCCCUGUCCCGGUCCCGGGGGUGCCCCGGUGGGCCCGGUGGCCUCCGCGGCCCCGGGCAGAGCGCGGCUGGCCACCGUCACCGUGUCCGCGCUUAGCCUCGCGCUCAGCGUGCUGGCGCUGCUGCUGCUCGUCACCGCCAUCUCCUCCGACCACUGGUACGAGACGGACACGCGCAGACACAAGGACAACUGCGACCGCCACGGGUCCGAGUCCAACGACCAGAAGAACCGCGAGAUGCCCAUCUACCACCUGCCGCUCGUGGACACCGGCGGUGGCGGCGGGGGCGCGCGGCCGCGGGACGUGGCGCACAUGAAGCCCGUGCACGUGGGCAGCCGCGAGGAGGAGCUGCUGGAGAACUGGCGGGCCAUCCUGGGGAUGGGCAUCCUGGAGACGGAGUGCGGCAGGCCGCUGUUCUCCGCGCACUCCGGGCUCUGGAGGAAGUGCUACUUCCGGGGCCUGGACCCGGACAUCGACAAGCUCAUCGACCGCG